AAGAGCCACAAAUACACUAAACAAAAGCAGCCAAAAGGCAAUCUUGAUUCUAGACAACUCCAAAGACCAUACUUCAGCUUAUUUCUCCAACUUUCAGUAACAUUUUUACACACAAAAAAAGUGAGAAGUGAUAAUGGCGGCUACUGCUUCUGCUAAUUCACUGACCUCUACUUUUCUUCCUCGUCAAGGGGUUUAUGGGUCAUCUCAUCAGAGCAUACAAUUGAGAACCCAAAAGAAGCAGUUUGCAAGGAAAGCUGGUUCGGGUACAAUUACAGCUAAAUUUGAACUCCAGCCUCCUCCUUAUCCCAUGGAUGCUUUGGAGCCUCAUAUGAGUAGCAGAACAUUUGAAUUCCACUGGGGGAAGCAUCACAGGGCAUAUGUCGACAACUUAAACAAGCAAAUAAACGGAACAGAACUAGAUGGAAAGACACUAGAAGACUUAAUACUUGUUACAUAUAACAAAGGUGCUCCCCUUCCAGCAUUCAACAAUGCUGCUCAGGCCUGGAAUCACCAGUUCUUCUGGGAAUCUAUGAAGCCCAACGGAGGAGGAGAGCCAUCUGGUGAAUUAUUGGAACUAAUCAACAGAGACUUUGGUUCCUAUGAUACAUUUGUUAAAGAAUUUAAGGCAGCUGCAGCAACACAAUUUGGUUCUGGUUGGGCUUGGCUUGCAUACAAACCUGAAGAGAAAAAGCUUGCUGUGGUGAAAACUCCUAAUGCUGAAAAUCCUCUUGUUUUGGGUUACACACCACUCCUCACCAUAGACGUUUGGGAGGAAGCCAAGUCUUAUUCUCUUACUUCUGUGUUUCAUACUGCAGCAUGCCUACUACCUGGACUUUCAGAACCGGCGACCUGACUACAUAUCUAUCUUUAUGGAAAAGCUCGUAUCGUGGGAAGCAGUCAGUUCUAGGCUUAAAGCAGCAACAGCUUGAGCUUGCUUAGCAAGAACACAGAAAGGAGAAAGAGGCAAAGCUGGGCACUAGAGUACAUAUUCGAGGCAGAACGAUUUUUGUUAAAGAGAAGCUAUGUUCGAUCCUGCUAUCCUUCUUUCUCAGUUGAGAGUUCUAGAUGUCUUAUUAUGCACUUUGCAAGAGAGUCGAGUAAUUUUCUAAAUUCGGAUGACAGUAUUGUUUGUUUUUAAGCAGUUAAUGGCCAAGGAAAAUGUUGUAGAAAAUAAAGUUGUGGUGUGGAACAACAAUGUAGAUGGACAUGAAUAAAGAAAUUUAUUGCGCUUUGACGCUCUUAUUGUCUAA